GUGGGGAGAGCUUUGUGGGAAUGGUUUUGGUCAAAAACGGCUCUGGUGAUGAUCUCAGCCGGUUCGAAGUGCUGGGAAUUGAUCGGCCGAUUAUUUUGCCGUCAGAAAAUUUGCUCAGCUUUCAAAACCAGCUGGCAAUCAUUGGCGUCAAACCUGACGAGGCCGAGCACUAUGGCCGAUUCAUCGUGCUGCAGGAGCCACUUCGUGCCGGAAUGAUUGGUCGCGGCCUGCUGAGUGGCAUCACACCCAUACGGCUGAACGUUCUCGACGAAGAGCAUGAAUGGGCUGACGUCGAGCAGGAUGAGACUGAUUCCCUGAAAACCGACAACGCCGGCAGUGCUUUCAUUCUCUGGAAAGAACCACCAGGUUCGGGUGGCUACGGCGGGUAUGGAUACGGCUACGGGUAUUACGGCAACCUCCGCUGGGGACUGGAACUUGAUCAGAGUGGCAUUCAGAUCCAGCGACGUGGAGACAGCAUUGCUUACGCUCCUCGUCGAAAGCUGACUGCUGAAUUACGCCAACAGUUACAGCAUUUGAAACCAGAAAUUCUGAAGUUGCUCAGCAGCGAGCCCGAAGUUCCGGCUGAUCAAUCUCUUCCCAUCGCUGAACCUAUUGCGACUCCAACUCCGCCGAUUUCAAUUGUCAUUCAAAAUGCCAAGUUGCAGACACUCAAACCACUGCUGGUCAAUCUGCUUAGUCAAAACCCAGCUGAAAUCGUGAUCACUGGGACAACAAAUCGCCGUCUCCGAAAAAUUCUCAAACGAUAUCGGCAACGCAAUGUCCGCUUCGCAAAAUGUCCCCUCGAUGCAGAACACGACCUGGUCUGUCUCGUCUCACCAAACACGUUGCUCGGCUCCGACUGGUUGAGAUUCGCCGCAGAGAAGAUCAAUGAAAGUGGAGUCGGCGCAGUCUAUUCAGACCAUGAACUGGUCAGUACAGGAGCGAAAACGAAUUAUCCAGACGAACUCUCAGCCAGUGGAUUGUCCCGAUCGGGAAUUGCUGCACCGACGAUUCUGGUCCGUCGAGAAGCCCUCAGUGCCGUGAAUGAUCAGGGCGGGCCACUGGAUAUCCUGCUCCGUCAUUUGUCCCGAUCAGGAUGGCGACUUCGCAAACAUCCAGGAAUCGUUUAUCUCAACAGCACCCGCAUCGAGUCGUACUUUGAACGCCAACAUCUCGCACCGGAAACUGUCACGCUGUUCAUUCCACUUUCGGGACGCAGGCAUCUCUGGCCGAAAUUGGCAACGUUCCUGGAAUCCCAGACGUGGCCACGCCAACAGCUGAAACUGAUUCUGUGCGACACAAGUGGUGACGAGUCGUUUUCACAAGCGGUCCGCACGUGGAUUGCGACGUCUGACUAUUCUGACGUACGUCACAUCUGUCUCCCGUCCGACAAGCCAGGAUUGGCCGACCUGCCGCGCGAAAAGCAGUUGAUUUCUGUCAACGAGCAGAUGUGCCGGAUCUACAAUCGACUCCGCGAGGAACUGACAACCGAGUACGUCUGGAUUCUGGAAGAUGACAUUAUUCCGCCGGUCGAUAUUCUGUCGCGGUUGCUGAAGUCAUUUGAUGAAAAUGCCGCAUCAGUCUCAGCACCGUAUCGAUCUCGCUUUGAUGGACAUUUUCUUGUCUGGUCUCGUGAGCGACACGGAUCUGCUGGAGUCCAUCAACUCUGCCGACCACUGCCUGAUCGCCCGCAAGUACAAGAAAUCCGAGGUAGCGGAUUUGGGUGCAUCGUUCUGAGAUCGGAAGUCCUAAAACAGCAACCAUUCUGUCUGCCACCGGGAGAGUCCUGUUUCGAUGUUCGAUUCUUUCGCGUACUUGGUGAUCACUGGAAGCGACUCGUUGACUGGACUUGCGAAUGUCAGCAUUUACAGAACAUUGCACAACCGAAAAGUGGCAUCACAACACGGAAUCUGCUUUAUCACAUCACUCCGUUUGCAUCGAACGACAUUUGGCUGCGGAAUGUUCGCCAACUCCUCAAGCGGAUGGACCUGUUUAACGGCAAACGAGUGAUCGCAGUGGCGACAGGUGAAGGACUGGUUGCUCCCGAUCAGGUUCAGGCUGCGUUUGGAAGUCACCAAGUCGAGGUCAUUACGCGACCGAAUUCCGCCCAAUUGAGAGAGAAUGCCACAUUUCUGCCAUUGCUGGAGUCCGUUGCAGAUCCCGAUCCACACACCGCCACGUUUUACGCUCACGCCAAAGGUGUUGGCAAAGAUGUCUGCUGUCUUGGUGAUCCUAAAGGUUCCCGCUACUGGCGGAAUGCCAUGUAUCACGAACUCCUGGAUGACUGGUCUCGGAUCGAUGAACUGCUGAUUGAUUCCGCGAUCGUGGGGACGCAUCGUCGGCAGCACAACGAGAAUCACCACAUCUAUCCAGACGGCCAAUCAUCGUCGUCGUGGCAUUUUGCAGGGACGUUUUUCUGGUUUCGUAACGCAGCUGUGUUUGCGACCUCGAAGUGGCGGGACGUCUGGCAACCGACGGGUUGGGGUGCCGAAGCCUGGCCGGGGCGAAUGUUCGAUUUCGAGCAGUCCGCCUGCGUGGCCUACGACGGUCUGGAAGAUGUUUACAACCCCGACAUGUACUCACCGCAGAUAGAGGAUGAAUGA